AUGGAAAAAAACUCCUUGUCACGAACCAUACGAGUAGUGAAUAAUCACUUUGUAGUAUAUUCUAUUAAGGAUGCCAAGGAAACUACCAUAAACCUUUAUAAUAAUGCAAGAAAGGUCGAUGGAGUUCCAUUUGACGAGUCUCUCAAUAUGUUGUAUGUUGUCAGAGUUGUUAAAUCAAAACUGGAACUAAUUUUCCAUGUUGUGGGUCAACUGAGAGAGGAGGUAAACAAAGAUGUUAUCAUGGGCGAUGCAAGUAGAACUUCUAUUCCUUCUGGCCCACUAGACUCCUAUAACAAAAAGAUUGUCGCGAUGGUUCAACACGUCAUUUAUGAGCCAAAUAAAUUAUAUUGGGAUAUGAAGAAAUCAACGGUUUUAGACUCAGACAAGCUUCAGCUAGAACGCAGGUUACGAUUCACAACAAUGGCUUUCUUUGGUAAACUUGGGAAUAUUCUACGACAAUCUACAAACAGGAAGAUUAUUUCGGAAUUGCGUCCGGCCCCAUCGCUUUUCCAGGCUAUAAGAUGCUUUUGUUCUGCUCCAACUACAAAGCUAUUUAUUGGGGGUAUUUCAUAUUCGACUGAUGAGCCAAGUUUGAGGGAAGCUUUUUCAAGAUACGGCGAAGUACUUGAUGCUAGGGUGAUUAUGGAUCGCGAAACCGGUAGAUCCAGAGGAUUUGGCUUUAUCACAUUCAAUUCAGUUGAGGAGGCAUCUAGUGCUAUUCAAGCAUUGGAUGGUCAGGACCUUCAUGGUCGUCGAGUUAGGGUAAAUUAUGCUAAUGAAAGGCCUCGUGUAUAUGGUGGCGGCGGCGGUUCUUAUGGCAAUGCACCAUAUGGUGGUGGAGCUGGGUAUGCAGGUGGUGGUGGAGGUGGCUAUGGUGGAGGUUACGGUGGUGGUGGCUAUGGUGGAGGUUACGGGGGUGGUGGAUAUGGUGGAGGCAGCUCUGGGCCUGGAGGGAAUUAUGGGGGCAGUGAUGCUGGCAAUAACUAUUCUGCUCCCAGUGGAAGUGGGGUGAGUUAUGGGAAUGAUGGCAGUGGUGGUUUUCCUGCUGACUUUGGUGGUGCAGGUAGCGGUGCUGGCUCUGCUGGUGGACACCUUGAUAGCAAUGACAGUGGCAAUGUAAAUGAGGAUUUUGGAAAUUUUAAGGAUGACAAUGAUGAUGACACUGAUAAUUUUGCCAAAAGGGUCUGA